GACAACACGACAAGCUCCUCAACCAGAUUCUCGACAAUUCACAUCGACAACCGCAAUCAUGGGUCGCGUUCGCACUAAGACUGUCAAGAAGUCCGCCAAGGUCAUCAUUGAGCGUUACUACCCCAAGUUGACUCUCGACUUCGAGACCAACAAGAGAAUCUGCGAUGAGAUCGCCAUCAUUGCUUCCAAGCGUCUCCGCAACAAGAUUGCCGGAUACACCACCCACUUGAUGAAGCGUAUCCAGCGUGGCCCAGUCCGCGGUAUCUCCUUCAAGCUCCAAGAAGAGGAGCGUGAGCGCAAGGAUCAAUACGUCCCAGAGGUCUCUGCCCUCGACUUCACCCAGAACUCCGAGACCGGCACUCUCGAGGUCGACCAGGAGACCAAGGAUCUCCUCAAGACCCUCGGCUUCGACUCCAUCCCAGUGUCCAUCGUCGCCGUUGCCCAGCAGCAGACUACCGAGCGUGGCCCCCGCCGCUUCGGUGACCGCCCUCCUCGCAAGGAUUAAAUGUGUGUUUUGGGAUUUGGAGGAUAAGGGGUUGCAAAUGGCGCAUUGCUUCUGGGCGUCUGGCGGAAACGUUAUGCAUACUAGAUCAAUGUAAGAUCAUGACCUCCAACUAGGUGUCGCUGAUUCUCCCUUGGGAGAUGAUGCUUGAUUGCCAUUUUCUUUUGUUCUAUGCUGUGCGUGUGAAGUGCUGUCGCAGCCGUCACCUUGACCGAUACGAGUUUUUCCCCAGAUGGUGACAACGAAAGCGUGAUUGCGUGCAGACUUAACAUUUAGGAUCCCAUGAACACCAGCUCUAGCAACCUGUAGAGAUCAUCAAUACUGGUAGCACAGUCA